CAUGAAUUGCUUUGUGAAUACGAUUACUAAAUUAGAUGGAUUCUUUGUUUCUUUCAAUCCUUCAUUUGGGUUGAAAGAGUAAAGAAUAUUUUAUAAAUCAGUUUGGGGAGGCAUGGCUACUAUAAUAAUCUUAACAUUUGUGUUUGUUUACUCAUUAAAUUAAUUCAUCUUAUGGGGAUCAGGUGAUAUGAUUUAUAAAGUUUCAUCACAACAAAAAACCAUUGGUGAAGGAAGUUAUUUAGAAUAAUUUUUUUAAAAAUAGGAUCCAUCAUAAUAUGUCGAUAUUGAAUUCUAGAGUUCAAUAAAUCCAUUCGAUAAUAAUGAAAUGAUCGUUCUCCCUCUACUUUAUGUCGAUAAUGAUUAAGCAUUGUAUGCUUUAGAAUAUUAAGAUAAUGUAUAUAAUACUUUAUUUAUAAAAUUGAAUAAUUUGGUUUUUAAUGCUUUUAAUAUAAUUUUAGUUAAAUGCAUAGGAAAUGAAAAGCUUUUAUCUGAAUUUUAAAAAUGUGCAAGUUAAGAAAAAAGUGAUUAAUUUUUCAGUUAAAUUGGAUUAGGGUCAUUAGUGAAAGUUUUUAAUGAAGAAUUUGAUUUUUCAACAAAAACUUAUUAUGAUUUGGAAACAACUAUUAAUUUACCAUUUGAUAAAUUAUUAAGUACAGAAAUACAAAUUUUAACUAAUUAUGAAUUUAUUGAGAUAAAUUAAGGAUAUUUAUUUUAUUCAUCCGAAGAGUAUAUAGUGAAUAAAGGAUGCACUUCUUAAAUUUACACUUUUUCAAAAGAUUAUCAUAAAAAAUUGUUUGAGAAAGAUAUAGGUGUUGUAGAUGUUUUAGGUUCAAUUACAUUAUAAAUGAAUCCUACAAUAUUUUAUGUUAGAAAUUAAUAUCCAACCAUAAGUGAGGUUUUGGCUAAUAUAGGUUCAAUAAUUUAAACAAUAUUACUAAUUAGAUAUAUGUUUUAUGCUUUAAAUCGAAAAUAAUUAAAUUCCUAUAUCUAAUCUUCGAUAUUGUCUAACUACUAUCCUGAAUGGAAAGCUAUUAAGAAAAUCAAAAAGAAUAAAAUCAGUUCUUGUGUUUUAGAUGAUAAAAAGAUAAAUAAAACAAGUAUUUAGAAAUUUGAGAAAGAAGUUACUGAGAUGUUAAAUCUCAAAUUUGAUUACAUUAAUUUAAUAUAUGAAAUACAUCAAAUGUAAAAGAUUUUAUAAUUGAUAACACCACCAGAUCUACUAUUUAAUAUUCAUUCAAAUUAAUCAAAGUUAUAAUUUUAAGCAGAUUAAGAUUCAAAUGAAUAUAGUAUUCAAAAUACAUGGUCUUCAUUUGAUGAUUAUUCAAAUACAAUUAAAUAGAAUAAUUUAGAUCCAUUUUUAUUUAGUUAUUAUUGGAAAACAAAGAAGAAGGAUAAUGAUAUUGAUAAAAUAUCAUCUCCUGAAAAUGAAUAAUUAUAAAAAUAAUGUAAACCAACAUAAAUAUAGGAAAAUGUAGAUUUAGUUGUUGAUGAAUAAAGAGUUUUAGAUAGUAAAAUACGACUUGAGAAUAAUGAAUAAAUGAUAUAAGAUUGA